CAUCUGUCAGGAAGAGAACUAGUUCCCUGCCAUGCUCGAAGAAAAACCAAGUGAAUCCUCUCCAAUCCUCUUUGGUUCUGACCUCCCUCCCAGCCAGUGUGAAUGAGUGGAGAAAAAUGACCAGCAAUCCUCUCCAGUCCCCUCCUCUGAUAGUCAUCAGUGAGAAGAAAUCCAUUACCAGGAAUGAACUUAAUUCUUUAUUGAAGGCCUACAACAUUUUUUACGGGGACCAGAAAAACCGGCAUAUUAUUUAUGGUGAGACUGAAGAAGACAAUCUAAUUAUCGAAGGAAUUUUAGAUAUAUUCUGGGGAGUACAAAAGCCUAUCCGACUGAAAAUACAAGAUGAGAAGCAGGUUCCAUCUUUUGCUACCAUCAAGUCAUCAACAUUAUUUUCCCAGAAGGGGGGUAUGACCCGCUGGGGGGAGUUUGAUGACCUCUAUCAUAUCAGUGAGCUGGAGAAGAAGCAGAGUUUUGUGAAUGAAGCCAAGGAUCCUCAGGAAGAUUAUGUGUCUUAUAACAUCAGCACCCUGAGGCCUCAGUUAGGGGAUGAACCAGAUUCUCCCUUGCUAUACAGAACAAUGAGCGAAGCAGCCUUGGUGAGGAAGAAGAAGGUAAACCUCAGCAAGAUAGAGAGAAGAGCUCAACAGAAUCACAGGGUUUCUAUUAAUGGCCAUUUCUAUGACCAUGAGACAUCAAUUUUUACUCCAGCCUUUGGAUCUGAAACCAAAGUGAGAAUAAACAGUAACAUGAGAACAGAAGAAGUCAUAAAACAGCUUCUACAAAAAUUCAAGAUUGAAAAUGACCCCCAGGAUUUUGCUCUUUACAUUAUCUAUGCAACUGGAGAAAAGAGACGGCUAAAGAACACAGACAUUCCCUUAUUCCAGAGGCUGUUGCAGGGUCCCUCACAAAAGAACGCUAAGAUUUUCCUCAUGGACCAAGACGCAGAAGAAAUCAGCAGUGAUGUAGCUGAAUACCUUAACUAUCACUUUUGUUUCUUGCAAUCAAUCCUUCAAAGAUUAAAUGAAGAAGAAGCACAAGAGAUUAAAAAAAUAAUCACAAAAUUCAGUACAGAGAAGUAUUUUAUAUUAAAACAUCUUCGAAAUAAAAUGACAGUAAAGACAGAAACAACAGUAUAAUGCAACUAACACCAUGGAUCAAACACUUCAGCCAAGUGAAAAGUAUUUACAUACUUAAUGAGUGCAUGUAUAUUGUAGCUACAUGCAUUUAUAUAAAUACACAGAAACUUCAAGCUUGUAGAAAAUUGUCUGAGCAGACAAUUUACCUCCAUGUGAAGAGGUAAAGUUACCUUCAUGUUGUAGUUGGGACACUAUGUAUAGCUGGGCAUUUUGGACAGUAUGAAUUAAAACCCUAUCCCUUAGUUUUGUCAACUAACUCUUUGCAAGAAAUGACAAGUGAAAUGGGAACUAAAGAGUGUAAACAUUUUUUUAAAAAAAGAUACAUGUGGGGGCAGCUAGGUGGCGCAGUGGAUAAAGCACCAGCCCUGGAUUCAGGAGUUCCUGAGUUCAAAUCCGGCCUCAGACACUUGACACUUACUAGCUGUGUGACCCUGGGCAAGUCACUUAACCCCCAUUGCCCCGCAAAAAAAAAAAAAAUACAUGUUCUUUAUGUUGCCAAGAAAUUCACUUUCAUUUUGAGUGGAGUCUAUAGAUCAUUGAUGACUCUUGGUUUUUCUUGAAAAUGAGAAUGAUCUUGCAAGCUGGCAAAUGAAUGACUAUUAUGUGUGUGUAAUCUUGCUAAAACUCCAGAGGACCAAAGGCUACAGAAGCUUAGUUACCCAUAAUAUCUCCAGGUGUACCUUUCCCAGAGUUACUUGAUUUCUGGUUCCUUUGACUUGACGGGGUCAAGCGUAGUCAGCAUGACAAUCUGGUAAAGGACCUAAUCUGAAAUUGACAAAGCUGUCUCUGACUUCAUAUUAUUGUUUUCUGAAACUGACUUUCAAAACACGAAAGGAAUUCUGAAAUUUGGGAUUUAGGAUUUUUUUGUUAUUGUUCUUAUUCAUAGUUGUUAUUGUCAUCAGUAAUGAUUUUUAAGUGAUGCCUUAUAAGGUUCAAUAGGUCUUUUUCUUAAUCUACCUCCAUUUUAUUUCUUGUUGAUAUUGUCUAAAAUAUUUCUAAAAUGUUUUAUAUUUUAUAUAGACUAGAGCUCUGUAUAAGUACACAGGUGGAAAAUUACUUUUAAAUAUUGAAAUACACAUCACAGGCAUUUCAAAGACAGAUAAUUCUAAAUUAUCACCAAAAUAUAGACAAGAGUGUGUUCAU